GCCUUUUGCCCCGAAAGAGCAGGAAAAGCCGGAAGGUAUCCGCGCAUGCGCCUCGGAGCCGCCGCCGCCGCCCCCUGCUCGCCUCACGCCAGGCUUGGUCUACAGGCGACGGCGGGAUGGGGCCUGGAGCGGGGCCGCCGUGACGCCGGAGGGGAGCAGACGGGACCCCCGCCUCCGCCUCUUCAGGCAUGAUGGACAGGUAACAGGAUCUUCUUUUACUGUGCCGCAAGAGAACAAGAAUGACGGAGUGCUUUCUGCCUCCGACCAGCAGCCCAAGUGAGCACCGCAGGGUGGAGCAUGGCAGGAGUCUUGCCCGGACCCCAAGCUCUGAAGAGAUCAGCCCAACCAAAUUUCCUGGCUUAUACCGAACUGGCGAACCUUCACCACCUCAUGACAACUUGCAUGAACCUCCAGAUAUAGUGUCUGAUGAUGAAAAGGAACAUGGGAAGAAGAAAGGAAAGUUUAAAAAGAAGGAAAAAAGAACGGAAGGCUAUGCAGCUUUCCAAGAAGACAGUUCUGGAGAUGAAGCCGAAAGUCCCUCCAAGUUGAAGCGCUCCAAAGGGAUUCAUGUUUUCAAGAAGCCAAGUUUCUCCAAAAAAAAGGAAAAAGAUUUUAAAAUUAAAGAAAAACCAAAAGAUGAAAAGCAUAAAGAAGAAAAGCACAAGGAGGAAAAGCACAAAGAGAAGAAAUCAAAAGAUUUAACAGCUGCAGAUGUUGUCAAACAGUGGAAAGAGAAGAAGAAAAAGAAGAAGCCAACUCAAGAGACGGAUGUCCAACCAGUGGAUAUUCCCAGCUAUCAACCUGUGUUUGGAAUCCCUUUGGCAGAUGCCGCUGAAAGGACCAUGCUGUAUGAUGGGAUUCGUCUGCCUGCAGUUUUUCGGGAGUGUAUUGAUUACGUAGAGAAAUAUGGCAUGAAAUGUGAAGGCAUCUACAGAGUUUCAGGCAUUAAAUCCAAGGUGGAUGAACUAAAAGCAGCAUAUGACCGAGAGGAAUCCCCCAACCUAGAGGAGUAUGAGCCCAACACUGUUGCCAGCUUGUUGAAGCAAUAUCUGCGUGAACUGCCUGAAAACCUGCUUACCAAAGAGCUGAUGCCUCGCUUUGAAGACGCCUGCGGGAAGAGUUCGGAGGCUGAGAAGCUGCAGGAAUGCCAGCGUCUCCUGAAAGAACUACCAGAGUGCAACUUUCUCCUGAUCUCCUGGCUGGUUGUGCACAUGGACCAUGUCAUUGCAAAGGAGCUGGAAACAAAAAUGAAUAUCCAGAAUAUUUCCAUCGUACUCAGUCCAACUGUUCAGAUCAGCAACCGUGUCUUGUACAUGUUUUUCACUCAUGUCCAAGAAUUCUUUGGAAAUGCGGUUCUGAAACCAGUGACAAAACCACUUCGCUGGUCUAACAUGGCUACAAUGCCAGCUUUGCCAGAAACACCAGAAAACAUCAAAGAAGAAAUUAGAAGACAGGAGUUCCUUUUGAAUUGUUUGCACCGAGACCUUCAGGUGGGGAUCAAAGAUUUAUCCAAAGAAGAGAGAUUGUGGGAAGUGCAGAGAAUUUUGACUGCUCUUAAAAGGAAACUAAGAGAAGCUAAAAGACAAGAGUGUGAAACAAAGAUUGCACGAGAGAUUGCCAGCCUUUCAAAGGAAGAUGUUUCCAAAGAAGAAAUGAAUGAAAAUGAAGAAGUUAUUAAUAUUCUUCUCACUCAGGAGAAUGAGAUUUUGACAGAGCAAGAAGAAUUGUUGGCGAUGGAACAGUUUUUGCGCCGCCAAAUUGCCACUGAGAAGGAAGAGAUCGACCGUCUUAGAGCAGAAAUAGCAGAAAUGCAAAGUCGCCAGCACGGUCGAAGUGAAACUGAAGAAUAUUCUUCUGAGAGUGAAAGUGAGAGUGAAGAUGAGGAGGAGCUACAGAUAAUCCUGGAAGAUUUGCAAAGGCAGAAUGAAGAACUGGAGAUCAAAAACAACCAUCUGAACCAAGCGAUUCAUGAGGAGCGAGAGGCCAUCAUUGAAUUGCGAGUGCAGCUUCGGCUCCUGCAGAUGCAGCGAGCCAAAUCGGAGCAGCAGGUGCAGGAAGAAGAGGAGCUUGAGAAGCGGGGGAGCGUGUCUCAGCCGCUGCCGCCACAGCAGCCCAGGGAUACUGUCCCGGAGACAAAGGCAGCAGCCAAAGAGCAGCCAAAGGCAGCCAAGGAGCCCGUGAAGCCAUCGCCAAGCAAGGACAGAAAGGAAACACCAAUUUGAUUGGGUUCCUAAGGUAUUCAGGAUACCACCUGGACAAAGCCAGGACUGUGCAGCUUACUGUAAAUCUGAGGCUUUGUAUAUUCUGUAAAUAUAUUUUGUCUUUUACAGCCAGGGGACAUUUUGUCUCCUUGUGGCUUCUGCCUUUCAGGCUCAGGUUCCUUGGAAAGACGAAGCAAACUGAGACGGGACAGGAGCGUGCGUGUGCAGCAUAGCAGUUACUUAGCCAUGUCAGACACUCUUCAGGUCACCUUCAAUGAUUUAGCAGUGCUAGUUACUCACUCUGGAGCAGUUGUGGAAAUUCUCUCAGGCAUUAUCUGCUCAGGGCUGCUUCACACAUGUUUUUUCACUGUGCAGAUUCGAGGGAAAGGGCAUUCCCAGCCUUGUAGUUAGCAGCCGUUGGCAACUAGGAACUACAAGGUGAGUGAAUGACCUUGACAGGGAGGUAGGAUAGAUGGAGCAAGCACUUUGUCGUUCCUCUACCAUUGUGUCCAUGGUAGCAAUGUAGGAUGGACAGCCUUUUUCUCCCAAGCCCAGUGUAAAAGGCAGGCAGGCCAAUGGAAGGGCGGGUCGCUCCUUUCUCUGCCUGUUGACGUCAUGGAGGGCUUUUGGAAAAAAUAUCCCACUAGGAGGUUAGUAGUCAGCAUUUUUAUGCUGGCAACAUAAAACAAAGGUUUCUCCCAAUUUAAUGUGGAAUGCAAGUUACUAGGCCCUUAGCAGCCUAACCGCUUUUGUAGACUACCCUACAAAGUUGUGUAUAUCCAUUAUAUGCAGACUGUGCUACUGUGCAGUUUUUUGGUGAGCACCCUUAAGGGGCUAUACGUGCAGCAUCAGAAUCCGAAUGUAUGUACCUAUGAUUUGUCAUGGUCAUCCUUUCUCUUGUAGAGGUAAAAUGUGUGUAGUAGUUAGUGGCUAAGAAUUGGGCGCUCCUAUCCAUAACUAUAUUGCCUGCUUUGGGAAUUUCUUUGCUCCUUUUUCUAGCUAUUUCCGCUUUUAUUCACCCUUGCUUGUGCCUUUUGGUAACAGAGGAGCUUUAUAAAAUAGAUUUAUCAUGAGCAUUAAAUGUGUCCUAAGCUGUUGGACAGGAUGGUUCUUCAAGUGCAAAACAUGUUCUCUUUCCCAUUUGGCAUUUUUAAAGCUCUAUGAAAUAACAUGUAAAAUUAAGGUAGAGCAGUUGUCAAGUGUAUCCCUGCAAAUGAAAGUUGUCCACAAAUCUCUGGUGAACCUUGGCAAUGCACUUAAUUAUCAGAUUCACCGGAGUGUCAAUAAAUUAGCCACGAGACUAUAAGCACUAUAUAAGUACAUAGCAGAUGGUCCUCUUAAUGUGUUUCAUUUAUUUUUUAAAAAGUAACUCCUCCAUUAGUUAAACAUCCUUGGGUAAUACUUUAGUGACUGUCCUCCAAAACCUAUGAUGAACAAGACCUUAGAGGGCAACCAAGCUUGGGAGGGGUUGGAAACUAUCUUUUUUGUGCUGUUUUGAAGGUGCGAGUACUUCUAGUGUCCAGAAGAAAAGCAAAACUCCAGCUUCCCAUCCUGUAUGGGAGCUGAAAUAACUUGUGGGAAUUCAUAACUUGUCACUACAGCACGUUCUUCUGAGGAACAUUUAAAUCCUAGGAGAGCACCUCAGAAUUGCCCAGAAGUUUUCCUGUGCUUUCUCGCAUUCAGGGAUGCCUAAGAGGUACCAUAUGGGGAAAGGAAUGGUCAACCGCAGUCAUUUGAUGCUUUUGAGGACCUGUGUGCUGUGGCAAAGUGUGGCUGCUGGGACAAGCCCUCACCCCAAGCUAUGGAGUAACAUGGUGGCUUGCCUUGCUGUCUAGGAGGCAGAGGUGACAAUGAACCAUUGUGACCAUUUUUCUGAAUUUCUGGAUGAUUGCGUCUGACCUGGAGGCCCAUGAUGGAAUGCUUAUGGACACAAAAUGUUGACCAUGAGCACGUAAUAUAGAUUUCUGUAUACAACAGUCUAUUCAGACAAUCUCAAAAAACGGCCAAGGAUUCCUGAGCAGGUUUCAGCUACCUUGUCCUUACAUUUGCCAUUUUUGUUUUUCAGAGACAAAGAUUUUUACAUACUUAACUGUCACAGAAAUAGUUAUCUCAGUAAUAAUGAACAGAAUUCCACAGGUGCUUAAAGCUUAUUUAGUUUCUAGCCUGUAUAUUUAUUUGUUGUUGGCGUUAUUUUCUUUGCCUAUUGCACUGGGGGAAAUCAUGGGCCGUGAUUUAAUUUUUGUACAAAUAAUGCUUUGAGAUGUCACCGAGAACAGCCUAUUGCUUUGUCUUAAAUCUUGAAGAAAAAAAUUAUGGAGAUGGUCAGACACUUGUAUUCAUGAAGCAUUUUCUUGGCCUGUUACAUAGAUUUUAUAUAUUCUGGCAGUAUUAAAACCUUUUGUUUUAAAUUCACACUAAUUUCUAUUAAAUUGUUAAACAUUUAUGUAAUCAAUGUUCAUCAAGCAAGUUACUUGCUGUCAGUUAACUUUUGUUUUGUCAAGACCAUGUUAAUCAAGUAAAUAAAUUCAACAGCA